AUGAGAGACUGGAAACCAGCUGAUAAUUCCAAAUUCAAAAUGGCGGCAAAAAUUCGUGGAGUUCUAAUCGAUCUUAGCGGCACGAUUCACGUUGAAAAUUCAGUAAUUCCCGGUUCUAUACAAGCUCUAAAAAGGUAUGGUGGAACUGUGACUCAUUUGGGUUGUUCAGAAGUUAUAUUUUUCCUCUAGAGUCGUAGAUCACACGGUUAAUUUUGUCCAUCACUGCGCGCCGUAUUUUUUGCACAAUUUGUUAUUUUAUUUAUUUGUUUUCGUAGACUUCGAGAAUCUGGCGUUACUGUCCGAUUCGUUACCAACACUACAAAAGAAUCAAAGGGCACCUUACUGAAGCGUUUGACUAGCAUAGGAUUUGAUAUAAAAGCAGAGGAAGUUUUUACUUCACUGACUGCAGCUCGUCGCCUAAUUGAUCAGAGAAGCCUGCGUCCAAUGUUGUUGUUGCAAUCGGACGCCAUUGAAGACUUUAAAGGCGUUGACGUGAAUGAUCCAAAUGCUGUAGUAGUAGGACUUGCUCCUGAUUGUUUCAAUUAUGAAAUUUUGAACAAAGCAUUCAGGUACAGAUUUGUUGUUGGAAAUCGGCACCGUGCCCCCCUCUCACCCCAUUCUCUGUCCUCCUAUUUCUUCCUAACCCCCCUCCCAACCAAGAACCAAGCUCUCUUUUAUAUUCUACAUGGCCCAAGUGUUGGAAAAUUAUUUCAAAGUUGUACUCUUGAGUUACUGGAGAGUAUAAGAGUUUUAAAAAAACUAUGAAAACUUAAUGAUUUCAAUGAUGUACUAGUAAAUUACUUUAUUUUAGAAACAAACCUCAUUUGCAGUUUCCUCUAAAAUAAUAAUAAGACAAGAACCAUUAAGUGAUUAUACCUGGGUUAUUAAAAGCUUUACUGGCAGAAUAAUUCUACGGAGAGUGGCUCAUAAAGGGAAGGGGGGGAGGGGGAGUGUAGGUCCAGAACAAAAUUUUUCAGUUUUUAUCAUUAUUAUGGAUCAACGGGGUGUGCACUUGUAUAGUUAUAAAAUGCUGAUAUAGGACUUCCCCCUCCCCUUUCACUGAAUAGUCUUGUAGAAUAAACUAGUAUACUUUCACUGUCACUCUGCUUCAAUGUUACUCAUUUAAUUUUUGCAGGCUUUUGCUGGAAGGUUGCCCUCUCAUCGCAAUUCACAAAGUGCGAUACUACAAAAAAGGGGAUGGACUGGCACUAGGUCCAGGCCCCUUUGUCACUGCUCUUGAAUUUGCAACAGAUGUCAAAGCUGAAGUUGUUGGCAAACCACAAGCUUCCUUUUUUAGACAGGCACUGAGUGAAAUUGGCUGUGAUGUACAAUCUGCAGUCAUGAUUGGAGAUGUAAGUUGCUUAGCUUUUUACUAUGAGCCAAUGGAUUAGCAUAAAUUGGCUCCUCAUACUCAAUUUUUUGACGAUAUGUUUGAAAAUAUUCUUGUUUCAUCGCCCUGUGGAGUAAAAUCUGAAAAUGAACCUGCUUUAUUUUUCCCAUCCAAUUUGAAGUACACAGUGGUCUGCAUGCUAGCACCAAGAACUCUUUUAUCAAUUUUUCUGGAAUUGAGCUCUGGCUGGGUUAUUGUGUUGUGUUCUCUUUUAAUCCCAUAUUACUUCUUAAUUAACAGGAUGCAAGGGAUGACAUUGGUGGAGCAGAAUCCAUAGGGAUCAAAGGAUUUCUUGUUCAAACAGGUAUAAAAAAAAUGAAACCCUUUUUUUUAAAUAAAUGUUUAUAAGGUUGAAAUUGAUAUAUUUUUUCAUCAAUGUUUUAGGUAAAUACCGAGAUGGAGAUGAACAUCACCUUGAAAAGCCUCCCUUUGCUGUCUGUAAAGACUUCCCUGCAGCAGUGGAUCAAAUACUUGCAUUGUUAUGA